UAUAACUAAGCAUGAUUUAACAAAUAUUGACAUUGACAAGUCAACAAUAUUGCUUAGCCUCUUUCAAGAAAUUACGAAUUCCAGUUUUAUUUCUUAAAUAUAUCGAAGCUGUUCAUUAGUUUCGUUCAUAAUUAAGUAAAAUUUGAAAAAAUAUAUAUAUCGAAAAAUGAGUUUUGGGCUACCAUCUCUUAAAGUAAAACCAGAAAAUGCAGGAAAUACUACAGUCCAAGAAGGACCAUUUGGGAUCCCUGACCCAAUGGUUGCUGGUAUUGGAUCAACAAAGAACAAGUUGGGCAUGUCACAUCCACUGCAAGCAUCAGAAAAAAAUUACCACCUAAAUGAAGAAAAAAUGAAUAUGGCCAUGCUUCGUAACAUUCAAGGUCUUCAUGCUCCUAUGAAACUUUCCAUGGAGAGAAAAUUUGCCAGCAAGAUUGGUCGUCUCCCUUUCAUGCCUAGUUCAAACUUGCAACACGAUGUUUUUACGGGAAGAUAUCUAGACAUCGGCUUUGAAGACAUUCUCAAUACUUCUGAGUUCUGUGAAGUUAGUGGACAACCUCAUGCUGUGGUCGAAAGAUCUUUAGGCAUACUCUAAAUGCUGUAGUGAUAUUUUUCAAUUAAAAUCUUAUACAUUUAAGCCUUUAAAUAAAAAUGAAAUAAAAUAUAAAA